ACAACAAAAAAAAAUAAAAUUUAUAAACUUUAAAUAUAAAUACUUUUAUAAAUAUUAUUUAUAUUUUACUCUAUAAUUUUAAAAUGUUUAAAAAUAUAGACUCAUCUACUUUUACACGUUUUAAAGUUAAGCGAUUAAAAGUUUCAAACGUUUAAAAGUUAAAAAUUUAUUCGAUAGUCCUAGACUGCUCUGACAAAAUAAUUUGGCCAUCUGGGAGGGAAAAGCUGAGGGAGGCGGCCUCCAAAUGGUUUUGCCUCCAAAAUUUCUACUGGAGGCGGCCACCAUUGGCUUUCGCCUCUCUCUCUAUUGGCAUCGGCCUGAAAAACAUUUUGCCUCCAAAAAAAAUAUCUGAUUGUGGCCAUCAAUAGAAAGGCAGAUGCCAUCAGAGGCAAAACAUAAAAAAUUUUGCCGCUAAAAAUUAAUUGGGAGGCAACCGCCGCACAGUGAGUCAAAAUCCAUAAAAAAUGGCAAAAAAACCCCCAUAAAAAACUUUUGCUAGAAAAUAAAUAAUUAGUUUAUAAUGUCACUAAAUACCACUAAAAGACAAUAAAUAAUUUUUUUUUGAAUAAUUUUUAAGAUUUCACUAAUUUAUCAGUCUUUUUCCGAGACUUUAUUUUAUUUUAUUUUUCCGAGACUUUAUUUUAUUUUAUUUAUCGGAAAACUUGUUAAAAAAUGUCUUGCUUUAGUGUCACACUUUUAAGAUUGAUAUAGGUAAAAACAGUUCAAAAUUUAAUUUGAAGUCAUAUAUUUAAGAUGUUUGGUAACUAUUAACAACAUUUUUAACAAUAAAUUUUAAUUUUUGAUUUUCAUUACUGAGAUCUCAAAAAUAUGUCAUAAAUUGAUUUUUUUAAAUUAGUUUAAUUAUGAGUUUAGUUCAAAAACUAAAAGAUUCCACUAGAUUCCAUGGUAGUUUUAAUAUUUUCCCAUUAAUAGGUAUAUAUGAAAGCAGAAAAAAUAAAAAUCAUUUGCCCUAACUUGCCCCAAUUAAAAUAAGACCUUUUAAAUACUUUGUUUUUUUUGUAUCUUUUUUUUCCGUUUUUAAUUAUAACUUGCACAUAAAGUAGCGAACAAUAGUUCAUUUCUUGCAUUCAUCACACAAAUAAUACAUUUAGUUCCCAUUACUAAAAAAACUCAUGAUCAAGCAGAUGGUGCUAAUUAUCAAACCUCAAAACCAAAAUAUGCAAUAUUUGAUGUUAUAGUGCAUAUUUUAAAAUUCAAACUUGCGUGUAAAAUAACUAAAAAUAGUUCAUUGCUUACAUUAAACAUGAAAAGAAUACAUUUAGUCCCUAUAAUUCAAGAGUUAAGAAAUAAUCGUGAUAAUUUACUCGAAGCUCUUAUACGUGAGUUUUGUAGACUGGAGGGUCUGUACUAUGAAAGUAUUGACAAACCUAAAAUGUUAAAUCUAAAGAAAACUCUAAUAAUAUUUAAAUGUAAAUUCCGAUCAAAAUUGCAGAAAUAUUCAAGAACCUUCUCUAGACUUUUGGAACACGAGCAAACUUGGUUGAACAAAGAUGUAACUGUUGACAAAAAAAUUUUUGCAGCAGGUCCACGCAGAAAGAGCAAGAACUGGGAAGAUUUAGGUGAUAGAAGCAGAAGAUCUAAGGUUGCCAAAUUGGCUGAACAUCCUGCUGAAGCAUUGGCAUUAGCUUCAAUUAAAAAAGCCACUAGAGAUCCUACCAAAAAAGAUUUUGUUGUUUUCAUGAAAAGUGCAACAAACUCUGAAAAAGUUAAUAUCACAGAGAUAAAUUUUCCGAUAAAAAUGAAAACCGAAGAUGCCUUAAGCUUAAAAGUUCAGUGUGACCUUUCUGAUGAGCAGUAUCAAAUUAUUAGAAAUUCAUCAAUAAUACAUAAUGCAGAUAUUUAUCCUUCACUUCACGAAAUUAAGAAUGAGAGACACAAGUGUUAUCCUGGGGGUUUAAUUGUGACAGAAACAUCUGCUUCAACUUCUCUACAGGGUAUGUUUAAUCAUACUCUGACAAGAAUAUUAACUUUUACAGAAUGCCAAGACUCUAUGAGAAUGUUUGCAGAAAUUGGGGGGAAGUUUAAAGGUGUACUUCACUUUAAAGGUGGCUUUGAUGGUGCUUCCAGUCAAAGUGUCUAUAAACAAAAACAUACUGAUGCAAAUAUUGGUGAGGCCCAAGUUAACGAGCAAAGUCUUUUCCAGACAGCUGUUGUUCCACUUAAAUUAACCAUCACGAACAAAAAUAUAUGGUUAAAUAAGAAGCCUUCCAGUACACAUUACUGUAGACCCUUACAUCUCCAAUAUCAAAAAGAAACGGAAAAAUUAAUACAAAAUAAGUAUGAACUUUUAAAAGCAGAAAUGAAUAGACUAGUCAAGUUUGAAGUAAAGUUAGAAGUAGUGGAAGGCAAACCGGAUACGACAAUUACAUUUAAGUUCAAACUAGAUUUAGCCAUGUUUGAUGGUAAAGUGGUUAAUGCCCUCACUAACACUCUGUUCUCCCAAUCAUGUAAUAUUUGCGGAUCUAAGCCCAGUGAACUUAAUAGCCCAGAAUUGAUCAGAUCUAAACGAAUUAAUAAAAAAGUUUUAUCUUUAGGCCUUUCUACUCUGCAUUGUUGGCUCAGAUCUUUUGAAUAUAUUUUACAUUUAGGAUAUAAGUUAAACAUUAAAAAAUACUUUGCCAAAUCCCCCGCUGAAAAAGCAUUAGUGAAAAGUAGAAAAAGGAACAUUCAAUUGAGGCUUAGAGAGGAGCUAAGUCUUAUAGUUGAUAUGCCUAAAAAGGGUUUUGGCAACACUAACAAUGGAAACACUGCCAGAUGGCCAUUUGAAAAAGCUGAAACUUUCGCUGAUAUAACGGGAGUGUCAUUGAUGUAAUUAUUAGAUUGAGGACAAUCCUUAUAUCAGUAUGCUCCUGUUAUAAGUUAAACUCAGAAAGUUUUGGCCAGUAUUGCUAUGAAACUACAGCUCUUAUACUCAAAAACUAUUGCUGGUAUAUGAUUCCCCCAACUGUUCAUAAACUAUAAAAGGCAUUAGAUCUGCCAAUUGGUUACUACUCUGAAGAGUCACAAGAGGCUCUAAAUAAGGAAAUUUGCAAAGCAAGAUUAAACCAUACAGCCAAGAUAUCAAGAAAGAAUGUUAUGAAAAACCAGUACCAAUACCUCUUGAUUAGAAGUGAUCCUGUAAUAUCAAACAUUUGUUUCAAAAAAUACAAGGUUGAAAAUGGAAAAACACCUACCCCUGAAGUUUUAUCUUUGUUAAUGCUGUAAUAAUGAAAUAAAGCUUUUUUAUAACUUUAGGUUUUCUUUUUUUGUUUUCUUGAAAGAAAAUUUAGA